AUGCCAUGCGUCGGAUGGGGUGGAAGCAGGUACGGCAAUCGCAUGCAGCAGGGUGCCAAAGGCUGGGAUGCAGCCUCGCCGCGCCACUUCCACCACAAGAAGGAUGAUGCCAUGGAGCCAUGGUGUCAGGUGGGGCCGCAGACUGGGUGGCUCUGCCCGGACGAUGAUUGCACUCCUUGCGACAUGUAUGCAUUGCCGGACUUCGCGACGGAGUUGGAGGAAGUCCGUGAGAUGCAAGUCAAGCAUCUAGAGGAUCUCUUCCACAUUGGUGUCACAGCCCUUCGCGUGGAUGCUGCCAUCUACCACCAUGUUUACGAGCUGGCGGCCAUGGUCAACAGGCUUCCGUGGGAUCUCGUCUACCAAGAGUGGUGGGGUGAAUAUCCACCACAUGACCGAACAGAGUACGUCGGCCUGUACAGGGACGUGGCCUACCGCUGGCAUUUGGUGAACCGUCUGGCUGGCAAGAAUGCUACGGAGCUCCCAGAGCUCCUUCAGCUGGAUAGUGGUGUCUUCGGAAUCACCCAGGACAUGGCCGUCUAUCCCUUUGCUUACCACGACGGGCGCAGCAAGGAUUCCGAUCCCGAAAUCGCUACCUACAAGAACGGGCUGGCCUUCCACCAGCAGCAGAAGUUCUUCCUGUCCUGGCCGUUCGGGGAGAAAGUGCUGAUCUGGGGUGGCUACGGAUGGCGGGAUCUUACACACGGGCCGCCAGGCUGCGACAAGUCGGAUGGGGACCACUGCACGCCAGACUCCGUCUACGAUGAGGACGGACACGCCCAGUGCAUGCCGGCCCCAACAGUGUCUCCUCUACCCAAGUCGGCUGCCAGAGAGCGGCGGUGGGUUUGUGAACACCGAUGGCAGGGCGUGGCGGGCAUGAUGCACUUUCGAAAGGCCUGUCGACAACAUGCGGUGUCAGAGAAGUGGGAAGGCGGAAAGACUGAAGGCAUCGGCGUCGGCCGUCUUGCCUUCCGCCUGGGUAAUGACUGCUUCGUCGCACUUACGCGUGGCCGGAGAGAGGACGAGGAUGAGGAUGUGGCUGGGGUUGGUGGGACUUGGGAUUUGACAGGCCUCAAGAUCGCGCUGCCCCAGGGCCGAUACUGCGACAUGUCUUCGCUCCACACGCAGAAGGGCUGGGACCAAAGCAGUUGCCCCAGGGAGGUGGAGGUGGACGAGGAAGGAGUGAUCCAGCAUGGCUCUGUCACGCAGGGA